CCGCGUCAAAUCGCCAUUCAACCCCAGCCAUUCAUUUCCGUCUCCUAUUCAUUUCACCUUGACUCCCAAGCCCGUGUCGAACCUCCCAGCGAGGCUCGUAAAACGUUUCUACCAACCUCCCAGCCGUGUAGUAACCCUCUCUCGAAGCCGUAGGGCUAUUUGCCGCGUACGCCAAGCCUAGGCCGUGAAAAAGGAACCCGUGCGGCUCGAGCGCGUCGCCUCGCGUUGCUACAUUCCUAUACCGCGCGUGACACCAACCAGGCAGCGGCGGCUAGGUUGCCGCUGGGAAACGAAUUCAAUUCGUUGGCGACCAUCAUCAUCGGUCGCCGGGCUUUUUUGGCCAGCGUUGGCGUCGUUGGGUUCAACUUACGCUAGGCUCCAUCCCGCCCUUCCCUCCCACCACCCUCCUCCGACCAGGCUCGCUCACCCAGCCUCGCUCAUCGCGUGCUCUCUGUCCAACAGCGAUUCCGCUUUCUUGCGUUCCUCUCCCGACGACCAUUCUAGCUUCUCGCAGAUUCCUCUUUCAGCUCUAGUUACUAGGUGAAUGCAUGGAGAAUUACUAGGUGAAGCUACUCUAGCUCCUAGUAGAGGAAUCAGAUUACCCGGCUUCACUAACUCCAAGACUUACGCCACGAGCCGAACGAAAGUCCGCCUCUCCAUCGCCUCUCCAUCGUCUAACCAGCUCUCCAUAUCGUAUCGUAACGUAUCGUACUCUCCAUCUCCUCUCCUCGCGAGAGUCCUCGCCGGAGCAACGACCUGAAAACACGGAAACGAGCUGCUCGCGGCGUUCUUGUCGAGAGAGCCGCUCUCCUCCGCGAUCGCCGCCGCCGCCUCCACGGGCGUCGGCGACGAACGUCCGUAUGAUCCUCCCGCGAUCCGUCGCGACGCGACGGUCGCAUACUUUCGCCGAAAAAUCGCCGAUGGUCGUGACGGUCGCUAUGGACCUAGCGGGGACUCGCGGCUAUGGACCGUCCGUCGCAGAGUCGCUACGGUCGUCCGUCGCAGAGUCGACCGAUCUCAUCGCAGUCUCGGUCGUCGACGACUGAGGGGGCUUCGUCUGCCCUGUGCGACGCGUAACGAUUUCGCCACCGCUUCGCUUCGUCCACAACCAGCGACGGCUGCACGACCAUCAGGAACGCCCGUCACAAAAGUGUCCGUCGCCGUGACUGGCGUCCAGCUUCAUACGCCGGCGUGCGUCGGAAUAAUUAUGAGACGAGCGUUUCAACGCGUACGAUCAUUUCCGCCGCGUACGAUUGUUACGCCGCUUGCAGUUAUUCCGCCGCCGACGAUUCUCUCUAAAAUCGCGUUGGUAAGUGCUUCGAAACAGCUUCUGGGGGGGCGAGUAGGCGUCCGCCGCAUAGCGCGUCUGCAGUCCGUUUCGUCCUGCUCGAGUCAUCUUUCUCUUGCUGCUACUAACGCACCCCCUACUAUCGCGUUUUCUGUUUCUACUAUUUGCGUGCGUGCGCAUGUCUACGGCGUGUGGGCCGCGCAUUGCUGCCGCCUCCGAGGCGUCACGGCCGUGGAGUGGAGUGGAGUGGAGUGGAGCCUUUGAACUUGCCGUGGCGUCGAGGCCGAGGAGUGAAGCCGUUGAACCCGCCGCCAUACGCAGUGCGCACCGCCUUGAGGAAGCGUGCCGGCCGGGAGCCAUGAAGCCGUGGACGCAUGGAUUGCGCCGUGGAGCCAAGUCUGCCUCCCAACUGUGUGUGCGAUCUGGUGCGCUGUGUGCGACGGUGGUUUACGCUGUGCGACGAGGUGGCGAUGAAAUUGCGAUGGCAGCACCUCGACGGGGCGACGGUUGAACAAGGUUAGUUUUGAUAAGAUUCGAGAUAAAGACAAAAGAGUGUGAUUGUAUGGUUGAAUAGGACAAGAGUGCAAUAGUAAAACAGUAAUACAUAUAUAUGUGAUUCUAAUGUGCUUGUAAAGAAUUGGAAGAAGUGUACUCAAGUGAGUACAAGGGGACUUGUGGAGAGGGAGAUGCUUGUAAAAAAGAGUGAGAGACUUACUUAUGUAUGUCUUACAAGGUAGAGAAGUUGUAGAAUCUUGGGAGCGGUUCUUGAUAGAGGAAGACUUGCACUUGGGAAAAAUGUCUUCAGCCUGGAAGAAGACCACAAGCUUGAGAGGGGACCACAAUUUUGGAUGUGGUUGAAGGAGAGGAUCUUGUGCUUGAAGAAUGAGUCUUCCUACAAGCUUGUGGCUUGGUAAUGCACCUUAUACUCGAGUGGGGUAUAAGGUGGUCUAGUGCUUGAAUACUUCUCUAAUCUAAUAACUUUGUGAGAGAACUCUAAGAGCAUAAACUUAUAUGAAAAAGAAUAUAGUACAGGCCUUAUAAUACAUGUUGGAUACAAGGACAUGCAUGAGAGAGAGACCACUCAUAAUAGUCUAGGAAGAAGGGUAGCAUACCAUCGCUAGAGACAUAGAACAUGAAUGCUAACAAGGAGCCUUUGUAGUGGUGUGAACUUGAGGAGCUUGAAGUAGACUUGAAGGGGAGCUUGAAGGAGAGGAGUUUGGAGAUGCCUUGUUGUACUUUGAAAAACUUCUUAAAAUUUUUCUUGAGAAGUUGAAGAGGAUUCUUGGUGAAAAUGAAUAGUAAUGGAGCAUGUGAUGGUUGUUGUUGUGCCUUUAGUGACUUGGAGUUAGAAACCUGUGGUGUUGGAGAGAAACUUGGAUGAGUUGGAAAGGAAGGAAAAGAGGAGGAAUGAAAGCUUUGUUGAGUUGGAAUGUAAGGAAUGUAAGGAAUAAUGAGAAUCUUGUAUGAUGAUAUGGCAACUUGAAUGAUUUGGGAUAGGAAAAAAGGAAGGAAUAAAUAAGGGGCAUGUGGAGGUUGAUGAGUAGGGAAGGGAGGAAUGUGCUUGAGGCACAUGGGGUGAGUUACUCGGCCAUGAGGUCAGUAUCUCGGCCAGGGGGUGAGUUACUCGGCCAUGAGGUCAGUAUCUCGGCCAGGGGGUGAGUUACUCAGCGACGAGGUCAGUGGCUCAGCCACGGGGUGAGUUACUCGGGCAUCUCAUGCACACACUCUGCCAUGCACCCAUCUCAUGCACACACUCUGCCAUGCACCCAUCUCAUGCACACACUCUGCCAUGCACCCAUCUCAUGCACACACUCUGCCAUGCACCCAUCUCAUGCACACGCUCUGCCAUGCACCCAUCUCAUGCACAUGCUCUGCCAUGAGCAUGGUACUGUAUCCCCCCCGAUUACUGUGUGGGUGCCUUGUCUGGGGGUUUUGCGGGGGGUUUGCGGAAUGUUGUGUCAUGGUUUGGCGCGGUGUGGAGCGGUGUACCAGUGCACAAGGACCGGAGUAGAAAGGCGAGCUACUGGACUGGAGACAAGUGAAGUGAGAUGGUUGCUGGAGACAACAAGGUUGCUGCCACUGCCCUCGCUUGUCUGGACUUGUGUUUAUCAGCCUAUCAGGCAGGCUGAUGUGGAACAAAUCUUUCUGGUGGAAACCCUUUUUUUGAGGCACCUCAGAAAUAGGAAGGUUGCUGCUGCUGCUGUGCACGCUAGUCUCGA